GCAGGCUGGGCUUGGUAGUUGGGAUGCGCGCCCCCGGGAUAGGCCGCUGCGGAGAGGGAGAGGCGGGGCCGCUGUGUCACGUGGACCCGCUCCCGCCGCCGCCGCCGUCUUUCUCUGUCUCGGCCGAGGCAGCCAUCUUGCUCUUGCCGCGUGCCGGUGUUGGAGGAUCCUCCCUGCUUCAGAUUUACCAACAGCAUGAAUCAAGAAAAGUUAGCCAAACUUCAGGCUCAGGUCCGGAUAGGGGGCAAGGGUACAGCUCGCAGAAAGAAGAAGGUGGUACACAGAACAGCUACAGCUGAUGACAAAAAGCUUCAAAGUUCUCUUAAAAAGCUGGCUGUGAACAAUAUAGCUGGUAUUGAAGAGGUGAACAUGAUUAAAGAUGAUGGGACAGUUAUUCAUUUCAACAAUCCCAAAGUCCAGGCUUCCCUCUCUGCUAACACCUUUGCAAUUACUGGUCAUGCAGAAGCCAAACCAAUCACAGAAAUGCUUCCUGGAAUAUUAAGUCAGCUUGGUGCUGACAGCUUAACAAGCCUUAGGAAGUUAGCUGAACAGUUCCCACGGCAAGUCUUGGAUAGCAAAGCACCAAAACCAGAAGACAUUGAUGAGGAGGAUGAUGAUGUUCCAGGUAAAUCUCGUAGAAAAUUUUGAUGAGGCCUCAAAGAAUGAAGCUAACUAAAAUUUUUUUCUCGUUUUUGGAAGCUGGCAUGGACUAGAUUUAACAAAUCAGCUAUGUGGUUCCAAAGUUUUACAGACACGGAGAACAUCACCUGUUACUAGUUCAGUAAUAUAAAUAUUUUGUAUAUUAAUAAUGCUGUUUAUUCAGCAUUUUUCGGUCAUUUGAUUUUGCAUUUUGCACUUCUUCCCAGAUCUAUUCUCUUGGUCAAAAUAUGAAGUACUGGUGCAGUUUGAGGGUGUUUUGGUUUUUGAUUCUGGCUUUUUGUUUUUGUUGGGAUCUUUUUGGUGUAUGUAUGUUUAUGUAUGCGUGUGGGUAUGUGUGUAUACAGUGGAGAGCAAAUUGGAAAACAGUUCUAUUUAUCCUCCUCCUUUCUCCAGUAGAAAUAAAACAAAUCUUUACAUUUGUUCCCUUUUUUUCCCCUCCCCUCAAUAAUGCACAGAAUUAAUGAAAAGUGAGUAUCUUGGAUUUCAGAUCAGAAGAGAUUUUACCAGUAGGGGUUUGAUUUUAAUUUGCCUAGUUAAUUAUCAUGUUUUUCAUACAUUUAUAUGGGUUUAAAAUGUCUGGAGAUAUUUUGAUUCAUGCUAAAGUAAGGGGUAACGUCUCUUUGGUGUGGUUGCCUUAGAUUCACUUACCUAAUCAGACCCAGAAGAAUUUCUUUUACUAGCUUUCUUCCUAAAUGCCUUUUUUCCUUUCCUUUUGGUCUCCAAAUGGCCUGGUCAGCCUUUGGUAAUGUUCUUCCUCACCUUCUACCUAGCUUGAGAAGGAUGUUCUCCAUAGAGAGUUAAGUGAGUGCCUAAUCCCUCUUGUUGUAAGAUUUUGUUCCCUUAUCUUGAGGAAUAACAGCUUUAUCUUCAGCCUUUUAUUUUCCCUUGAUUUAACAGUUUGGUAGGUUUCAGACUGGAAUAGCUAGCAUGUGCUUGCUAAAUAAUUUUGUGCCAGCCUUACCUUUUAUCCUAGCUGUUCUUAAUAGCAGGUACAAAAAAAAAUCCCUCUUUUUUUCAGCAAGGUUGAAAUUGGGACUGUCCUUUUGAAUCAGAAGAAAAUAGGCCAUAGACUCAUCCCCCCAGCACAGAUGGGCAUUCUAUGAAAUGGUACUGGCCUUAGGAGGAUUUCUUCAAUCACUCUCCUAUUCUUGGCCUUGAACCUACCUCUGGGUUGGAUCUUACUGUUGUAGCUGCUCACAACACCCUCCUGCAUGCUUAGAAUAAUGCUUUGGGGGAGCACUGGUAAAACACAGUAUUUAUUUUUCACCUCCUUUCAGAGGACUUGGAGGUAAGUUGCAUUCGUUCACUCAAGUUUCCCUCUUGCUAUCUGAUAAAAGCUUGCAUUUUGCUAUAUCAGCAUUUGUAAUAGCCAAUAUUUAAGGAUAAGGUUUAAAGAAUAUAUAAUUUCCUGGCCCAUCAUUAAACUAACUAUGGCUUAACUUUGCAGCAUACCAAUUUUUAUUUCAAGCUAGAUAUCUUCAUUUGGCAUCUAAGGUGUAAGAUCAACAACAUAUUGAGAGAUCUAUAGACAUGAAGGCAAAGCUCUUGUAUUUUUUUCACCCAAACACCUCAAUUUAUUUUAUAAAUUUGUUAAUUUUUCCUGUUAUGUUUUAUAUAAUAUAUGGACUUAACAAAAUAAAAUAACAGUACAAAAGAAGGGAAUAUUUCCUCUUGUGCUUCUCUUAUUGUCUAUAGAAUUUCCUUCUUUUGUAUUACUCCUCUGUUUUCCACCGCUAAAUGAACUUUAGUGCAGUCAUUGUUUGAAAUAUUGUCUCAUCCACUGUUACGACAGUAGCUCUACAUGGUCUACAUAGUCCAGAAUUCUGUUCCUCUACUUGUCCCAAAGGGCACACUGUGGGGCAAAGAGAGUUAGGAGGACCACUUCAAGUUGUUAGGGACAGGUAAAAAACAGGCAGUUAUAAUGAAUGAAAAAAGAACACUCAUCUGGAAGUCAGGCAACUUGUAUUCUAGUCCAGACUCUGGCAGUAAUUAUGUGAUCUUGGAGAGGUCACCAACUACUCUGAAAUUCAUCAUCAGUCAAAUUAGACAUUUCUAAAUCUGAACUUUCUUCUGCUUCUGCAGUUCUGUGAAUCUCAUUUCUGUUGUGUUUAUGCUGCUUCCUCUUUUCCCCUUUUGAUCACAUUUUAGCUACUCAUCCAAAGGAUCUCUAGUCAGUUUUCCCUUUUAUCCUGUUGACAACAACUCUUAAUGGCUGGCCUCUUGCAUACGGUGAGCCAAUAUUCUUUUUGUCUUAUAUUUUUAUACCUUGCUCUUUCCUGGACAAAGAAUAUUUAGAGCCUCAAAUUCUCAGCACAAAGAAAUGUUCCUCCAGUGUGGACAGGCACAGGGCAAGAGAGUAUGGAUGAAACUUUUGUAAAUUGUAGUGUUCUUGGCAUAAAUGUGGAUUAAAUAGUUUUUUUAAAGAAUUAGUUGCUAAGUAUGUGCUUUUUACUAAGGUUGGGUAUUUUUGCCAGCAUAACUAUAAAAGCAUUUUCUAGGGAAAUUGGCCUUAAAAUUUUGGGAUUAUUCAAGAAACGUCUGUAGAAAAUUGACUCAUGAUCUUAAUUUUUGUGGUUAGUCCUUUGAGGGUUUUUUUUGGUUUUUUUUGUAAAACUCUUUUAUCUGUUUGGGGUAAAUCCAAAGUAAAUGGUUUUAUCCUUUUUUUCCCUAUUAAGUAACGGUUUAAGACUAUAUCAAGCACCUUAUUUUAUUGUUAAGUAACUAAUACAGGAUUCCAUUAAAUUCAUUUUACUAAGCA